AUGGAUAGUGUUAAAUCCUAUUAUGAUUUUCGAUUUUCUCUACGCUGUGGUCUUCCACAAGUAACAUUACGUGGUUCACCAGAAGAUUUUCAACAAGUUAUUAAUCGAGUUAAUCAAUUCCGAACUAUUUUUCUUGAUUUUCAUUGGUGGUUAGAUGCACUUUUACCUCAUUUACAACGAUUAAAAGUAAGUGCUGAAGGAGAACCUGAUAUUGAUUGGUGGCAAAAAAUCUGCCAUAGUGUUGGAGGCGGAUCUGAUAUAAGUAUGUUAGCUGUAUGGCUUGCUGAUUUUAUUCCAUAUAUUUCAGAUGGAAAAGGUCAUUAUAAAAAAGCUCAGCGCGAUCAUCAUCACCGUACACAAGGUUUAAUCAAUGGUAUUGACUUUGAUGAUUUGAGUGAAAGUGUUACUCAGACAGAUUUUAUUUUGGAUGAUAAUGGACAUGAAACUAAGAUGAAAUUAAUUGCAGGAUUUUUAGGUAUUGGUCAAAAUGAUAAGACAGGUGCACUUCGUCCGUGUCUUGGUUGGAUAACAGCAUUGCCGGAAUAG